AAACUCUCAGUGAUGUUUCAAGACGGAGAUGUGAUCCUGACUGGUUUGUUUCCAGUUCAUUACAGAGUUAUUGAGCCAGACCUAUCCUUCAGCCUAAAGCCAGAAGCUCCUCACUGUGAAGGGUUUGAUUUCAGGGCAUUCCGUUGGCUGCAAACAAUGGUUUUUGCGAUCGAUGAAAUCAACAGAGAUGGAGAGCUUCUUCCUGGGGUGAAACUUGGCUUUCAGAUCUUUGACACUUGUGGAACACACAGCCAGGCACUGAGAUCUGCCAUCACCUCAGCAAGUGGAGAGGAGGAAACAUUUGCCGGUGAGAGCUGUGCGGAAAACUCUUCUGUGCCUAUAAUUAUAGGAGACUCAGGAUCCACCCAGUCCAUGAUUAUACUCAGGACCCUUGCACCGUUCCAAAUUCCCAUGGUCAGUUACUUUGCAUCUUGUUCCUGUCUCAGUAACAGAGAAGAGUUCCCAGCCUUUUUUCGAACAAUACCAAGUGACACCUUUCAGGCCAGAGCAGUAGUGCGCCUGGUGCAGAGGUUUGGCUGGACCUGGGUUGGCUCAGUUGCAGGUGAUGAUGACUAUGGUCGGUACGGAACUCAAGCGUUCACUGAUGAAGUUAAAAAAUUGGGAGUGUGCAUUGCCUUCACUGAGCUCAUUCCGAAGGUAUAUUCCAGAGAAAGAAUCCUUCAAAUAACAGAGACAAUCAAAAGAUCUACGGCAAGAGUCAUUGUCAUGUUUGCCCUUGAGGGAGAUGCAUAUCCUCUGAUUAAAGAAGUUGUCCAGCAAAACAUCACUGGGCACCAAUGGAUCGCCAGCGAGGCUUGGGUCACCUCAUCUCUCAUGGCAACAGUAGAACAUCUUCCAGUCUUGGAUGGGACAAUAGGGUUUGCCAUUCCCAGAGCAGAAAUUCCAGGGCUGAGAGACUUUCUGCUCCAAGUGGAUCCUUUUAAAUCUCCUGAGAAUGGACUGGUGAAAGAAUUGUGGGAAACAAUGUUCAAAUGUUGGCUGAGCAAGCAAGCUGGUAUUGAAAAGCACAAUGCAUCGGUACUUAGAUACCAGCCGUGCACAGGCUCCGAGGACCUCAGUAAGACUGACAGUAUCUAUUUGGACGUCUCUGAAUUGAGAGUUUCUUACAACGUUUACAAAGCAGUCUAUGCAAUUGCUCACUCGCUUCACAAUUUGAAAUCUUGUGUCAGUAGUGGUGAAAUAUUACCAGACAAUAGCUGUGCCAAGAUUUCUAACUUCAGUGCUUGGCAGCUUCUUCAUUACCUGCACAGGUUGAGAUACAACAGUACUUCGGCAGGAGACAUGACCUUCGACAGCAAUGGGAAUCCUGCUGCAUUGUAUGAUAUUAUUAAUUGGCAAAGACAAUCAGAUGGUUCCAUUCGAUAUGUCCAGGUUGGUAGGUUUGAUGCAGAUGGAGGAUUGGGGCAGGAUCUUCUGAUAAACCAGGAAGCUAUCAUUUGGCACAAUAAUCAAAAGCAGGUGCCACAGUCCGCAUGUACUGAGCCUUGCACUCCCGGGAGUAGACAAGCAGCUCGAAAUGGGGAGCCAGUUUGCUGUUAUGAUUGUCUGCUCUGCCCAGAUGGUGAAAUUAGCAACAGGACAAAUUCGCUGAACUGUAUUCCGUGUCCCGAAGAUUCCUGGUCAAACCUACAGAGAAACAAAUGCAUCCCAAAGGAACUUGAGUUUCUGUCCUUUGCAGAGCCACUGGGCUUGAUGCUGACAACAGGCUCAGCUCUUGGGGCUCUCAGCACAAUCAUCGUUGCGGCAGUUUUAUUAUAUCACAGAGAUACUCCAAUUGUCCGAGCCAAUAACUCCAAGCUCAGCUUCCUGCUGCUCUUUUCUUUGACAUUCUGCUUCUUGUGUUCACUCACCUAUAUGGGCCAGCCCUCCACCUGGACUUGCAUGCUGCGUCACACACUGUUUGGGGUGAGCUUUGUUCUGUGUAUUUCUUGUGUUCUUGGAAAAACUCUGGUUGUGCUGAUUGCUUUCAAGGCAACUCUUCCCAAUAGUAAUGUGUGGAAAUGGUUGGGCACUCUGCAGCAGGUACUCAGUGUUUUCAGCUGUACACUUAUACAGGUCAUCAUUUGUGUUGUGUGGCUUCUUGUGUCACCACCCUCUGCAGCAAGGAACGUUGAGUAUUCCAGUGAAAAGAUUCUUUUGGAAUGUAAUCUGGGCUCAGUGUCAGCCUUUUGCUGUGUGUUAGGCUAUAUAGGUUUUUUAUCCUGUAUGAGUUUUGUGCUUGCAUUUCUCGCACGAAAGUUGCCAGAUCAGUUCAAUGAGGCUAAAUUGAUCACCUUCAGCAUGCUUGUUUUUGGUGCUGUUUGGUUGGCCUUCAUACCUGCGUACGUCAGUUCCCCUGGAAAGUAUACAGUCGCUGUGGAAAUCUUUGCUAUUUUGUCAUCAAGCUUUGCUCUGCUGAUCUGCAUAUUUGCUCCCAAAUGUUACGUUAUUUUGUUAAAACCCCAUAAAAAUACCAGAAAGCAUCUCAUGGAUAAAACAUGCCCCCAAAAAUCCUCUUGA